GGACGAAAGACUCUUAUUGUCUGAAUCAACGGCCGAAGUACGCAAUAAAUGUCCAAACGCAAUUGCUUUUCCAUUCAAUGAAUCCAAUUUAUUGCCAACCCAUUCUACCAAUUGCAUGCAUUUACGCUUCGUGUCAAUCUCACCCUACCCACCAAAUUUCCCCCUUCCGCGUCUCAAUUUUCACCGGAAAAAAAUCUGUAGAUGGGCCGGCGGAGGAGUGCGCCUUUGAACAGGCUGUUUGCAUGGGUGCGGAGGCAGUCCAUGAAAGUGAAGAUUUUCUUGGCGGUGACGGCUGUGGUGGCGGCGCUGGUGGCUCUCAAACUUUGUGUGAAAGACCACAGCCAUUUCUUUGUUGCCUCUGAAGCUAUCCAUUUUGCUGGGAUUUUGGUCUUGAUUUAUAAACUCACCACCCAGAAGACUUGCUCUGGUCUUUCUUUGAAGACCCAAGAACUUACAGCUAUAUUUCUGGCAGCAAGAUUAUGCUGUAGUUUAUUUAUGGAGGGUGACAUUCACACCGUGCUUGAUUGUUUGACACUGGUGUCGACUUUGUGGGUCAUAUACAUGAUAAGGUUCAAGUUGAAGUCAACCUACAUUCCAGAGCUUGAUAAUAUGCCCUUAUAUUAUGUGGUGGUGCCUUCUGCUAUUGCAGCCAUACUUAUACAUCCAUAUACACACCAUGCACGUGUUGGCCGAAUUCUUUGGGCUUUUGCUGCGUACUUAGAAUCCAUUUCAGUAUUGCCACAGCUUCGGAUGAUGCAGAACACCAAGAUGAUCGAACCAUUUACAGCUCAUUAUGUGUUUGCACUCGGUGUUGCAAGAUUCUUGGGAUGCGCGCAUUGGAUUAUUCAGGUCUAUGACUCUGCUGGACAGUACCUGUUUUUGGUUGGAGCCGGCUAUAUAUGGAUUCCAAUGAUCUUACUCGCUGAAAUUGUUCAAACGUUCAUCUUGGCCGACUUCUGUUACUAUUAUGUCAAAAGGCUGCAGUUUUAUUUUUGCAAGAAACAAAUUCAAUGGCCCAACAGCUGAGUGGUGAAACUAAGACCCGAAAAGGUUUGCUACUCCUAUUAUUGGCUCACCCAAAACAUGAGCGUAUCAUGGCCCAGAUCCAUCCGCUGAAGGAAUACGUGGCAUACCUUUUAUCGAUACGUGUCGUCUGACAUCGAAUCCAGUUAGAUUUUGUCGAGUUGUCACUUCUUAUAAUCUGGAAAAGCUGCAAAUAAGCUGUGUACCAAAUAAAGUACAUGUUUUGCUCCCUAUGAUGGUAAUAUAUUUAUUUAAAAUUA